AUGGACACGGUCGACACGGCCGCCUGGGCCGUCCUGCCCGUGCUCGACCUCGGCCCCUCCCGCAAGCGUGCACGCUUCCUCUCCCGCCUCUCCUUCUCAUCUCUGUCUUCCCUCUUCACCACCCCUUCGCCACCCGACCCCUCCACCCUCGACGCGGUCAAGGACAUUGCGUUCGACCGCGACGAGGUCGAUAAGGACGCCCUCACCGACGCUCUCCGUUCUGUCGCUGCCUUCACGACGCACCUCCGCGAUGCGGUCCGCGCCGCCGAGGACGGCACUGCAAAGAACGUCCUCUCGCCGACAGACGUUGCGCAGCGCGGCGCCGCCCUCCUCGCGGCGUAUGUGCACUCCGCCAUGGCGACAUCGCGCUACAUCGCGGCCCAAGGUGGUAAACCGAAAACACUCAUCAACAUGAACGGCAAGCGUGCUCGCGAGGACGACUCUGACAUGGACGAGGGCGACCGGGCGCUCUCACAGGCACUCUUGUCCAGCCUCGAGGGCAUGUUCCAGCUGUACCACACGCUGCGCCGGGUCGACCUGAUUGACACCGUCGCCGAGGACGCACUGAACACGACCGAGUCCGCUCUUCUCGCCCUGCCGUUCUCAGACGAGCCCGGGCUCUCACCGAUCAUGACGCACGCGGCUGCGCUUACGGAAGCGCUGCGCUCGUCGCCCGGGCGCCGUGCGUCUCUGACCCCCGCCCCUCUCCCAGACCCCGAGGUCGUCGAGUUUGCCCACUCCGCGCUGCACCGGGUUAUCUCUGGGCUGCGUGACAUCCGCACACUGUCUGUUCCUGAGCAGGGCGCUAGCAAGAAGGCGCAGCAGGAGCGCGAGCGUGCGGCGGAGACUCGCCCUCUGAGACUGGCGCUCGAGGCGAGGCUCGCCAGCGCUGCGUUGGCCCGUAGCAUGGACAACAGCGCGGCCGUCCGCCGCGACGACACGGAGAGCUGGGAUGUGCGCGCCGAGCGGCAGCUGAAGGAGUGCCUCGAGGCGGCGGGUGAGGCGGCCUCAGCGCAGGCCAAGAGCAAGCGGGCGAAUGUACUUCUCGACAAGCUCGACGCGGACGAGUGGCUGCCCGCCGAGUGGUCUUGGGCCGGGGAGUCUGACGCCGACUCAGUCGCCUCGAAGCCGGACGCCGAGGAUGCCGAUGCCGACGCCGAGAACGCCGAGGAGGAGGAAGAGUCCGAGUCAGAGCCGGAACAAGACGACGCCGCGUCUCCCCUGGCCGCCCUCCUGAACCUGCACACGCGGUACGCCGAGCACCGCACGGGACUCUGGGACGUGCUCCCCAUCGGCCGCCCCUCGCAGGCCGCUUUCGUGCACGCCCGCCUCGGCGAGCCCUUCGAUACGCUCGGCGCCAAGCUCCUCCGCGACCUCUCCCCGGCCCGCCUCGUCGAGCUCGGCGCAGACCACGCCGACGUCGAGCGCUGGGUGACCCGUAAAGCAAAGGGACCGCGUAAGAGCGGUGCCAGUACGAGUCGUGGAUCGAGGGCUGGCAGCCGCGCGAGCAGCCGCGCCCCCUCUCGAGCAGGCACGCCGGCGACAGAGGCGCCAGAGACGCCACUCGAGGCAGUCAAGCGCAAAAUGACGGAGGAGCCGCCAGCCAAGCGGCAGAGGAAGGGAAGCAAGAUCCCCCCGACGCCGACGCGGGCGCGUGCGAACAGCACGGCGAGCAAGGCGAGCAAGGCCUCUGUCCCGCCCUCGCCUGAAGUCAUCAAGCGCUCGCGUGCUAGCAGCAAGGCGUCCCUGCCCCCCUCUCCAGUCGUGGGCAAGUCGCCCCUGAAACGUCCCCGGGCCGCCUCUCGCGCGAAACCGGCUGUCGAGAACGGCCUCCCCACCCCCGCGGAAUCAGUCAGCACGCCUGCCAAUUAG